UGAAUCUACCGCGCCACCAAGGCACCAACAAUGAUAAUGAGACUGUCGGUCUUUGCUCCCUAGAGUCAACGUCAAUCCCACCUUAUGCUCCUAAUAUUUCCAUCUAACGGUCAGUUUUCUCCCAAACCCUAACACAAGCAGGCCUCGUUUCCACAUCGAACCCAAAUUUCCAAAACACGAUCUCAGUCGUGGAUUUUCACCGUUUCGAAAUCCAACGGUUUAUUCGCAAAGUACCUGCAUAUCUCCUAGCAUUUGUUCAGCCACCAAAAACCACUCAACGAAAGAUUUCACGGCGCAGACAGACCGCAGCGAAUCAGAAACAGAAUGGAGAAGGAGAGAGAGCAGCAGGUUUACUUGGCUAGACUUGCUGAGCAAGCCGAGAGAUACGAUGAGAUGGUUGAAGCAAUGAAGAAAGUUGCCAAGUUAGAUGUGGAAUUGACAGUGGAGGAGAGGAAUCUGGUAUCUGUAGGUUACAAAAAUGUCAUUGGGGCAAGAAGAGCUUCUUGGAGGAUAUUGUCUUCCAUAGAGCAAAAGGAGGAGGCAAAGGGGAAUGAACAAAAUGUGAAGAGGAUAAAAGAUUACAGGCAGCGGGUUGAAGAUGAGCUCGCAAAGAUCUGCAAUGACAUAUUAUCAGUAAUCGAUGAGCAUCUUCUUCCUUCCUCCACCACAGGGGAAUCAACUGUAUUUUACUAUAAGAUGAAAGGAGACUAUUAUCGUUAUUUAGCCGAGUUUAAAAGUGGUGAUGAUCGUAAAGAAGCUGCAGAUCAGUCCCUUAAGGCUUAUGAGGCUGCCACCUCUACUGCAGCCUCAGACCUACCCCCUACGCAUCCAAUCAGGCUUGGCCUGGCUUUGAACUUUUCAGUUUUCUACUAUGAGAUUUUGAACUCUCCUGAAAGGGCCUGUCACCUGGCCAAACAAGCAUUUGAUGAAGCAAUAGCAGAACUUGAUAGCCUAAAUGAAGAAUCUUACAAGGACAGCACCCUUAUCAUGCAGCUUCUGAGAGAUAAUCUUACCUUAUGGACCUCAGACCUGCCAGAGGAGGGAGGUGAGCAAUCUAAAGGUGAUGAACCACAAGCUGAGAAUUAGUUGAGAACAAGGGAACGAUUCUUUUAGACUGGGUUCACUGGAGAGGAAAGGAUGAACUACGAUGAUCAUUUUAGUAGGUAGUACAGGGAAUGGUGGACCAUUGUCUUGUCUCUAUUUGUUCUGAACAGAUGUUUCCCGACUAUUGUUAUGUCUGCUUUGCAUCGAUAAUGUAAUUGAACUUGCUACUUGCAUGUUUGUGGUAUGCUUUCUAAAUCGAUAGCUGCAGGUCAAGUUGGUAUUUGAAUUUACAUAUUCUAUUGUAGUGUCUUACUUUCUGUGAAUUUAUCAAUUUAGCUAUUGUUUUCUCUUUGCAUG